UUCGCUACUCCUUGGUUGCGGUCAUCCUACCCAAAUCGACACAAGGACGCCCAUCUCCGCCAGCGACCAGGUCCGCGUGCUUAUUUUGCCGUUUUCCAGCAGAAAACGAGAACAACAUUCACCACGGAUGAGCAAUUCGUUCUGGUGCAGCAGCAGCGAGUGAUCUAGCGCAGCCAGCAGGCCCUUGAGCAGCCAAUUAGCGGCGAACCGACCUCAGACAUAAUGGCAGACGAAUCAGACUUGGCCAAGAACUCGAACUUGUCAGCAGACGCCCAGGAGUUUUAUCCUAGAGGCUACGGAGCAAUGGCAUCACCGAACUCAUCUCAGCAUGCAAUACCUUUGGGGUUUGAGGCGCUGGCCGCCGGGGCGCCGGGCUUCCCGCCGAUGCUCAUGCCCUGGGCCAAUGGCUCCGCCGACCCUGCCGACUACCACUGCACAAUGCAGCCUAUGUACAUGGGGGGUGAAGAGCAGAGGUUCAUGAUGGUGGUGCCUCCUGCUGCCAGCUUCGUGCCGGCCGCCGUCCCUCACCGGCCGAUGGCCGCCCCCUCUAACCCCUCUUCUCACUGGUCGUCCAAGUCGGGCCCGACGGAGUUGCUGCGUUCGGCAAUGAGCGAAUUGACCGUCAACCCCGGUGAAUUUGACAACCUUGUGAUGCCCCUCGGAGACACCUUUUGCCAGUGGUUGACCGAGCCGGAAGUGAUCACCUCGGCAAUAGGUCUCAUCCUCGAGCAUUCCAUCAUGGAGCCGAACUUUAGGUACAACGGUGCACGGCUCUGCAACCUGCUCAACAACCUUGACAACACCGAAGAUGGCUCUGCCUUCAGAAAUAUCCUUCUGGAGAGAUGUCACCAAGAAAAUGAACAAGUAAAAGAAUUAAUCGAAGCCGAUCCGAAGAGGCUACAUUCGUUCACGCUCUUUUUGGCCGAGCUGUUUAUCCAGCUGGAAACGAAAAAGGGCACAGGAGCCAAAAUAUCGGUACUUGGUCAAGAACUGUACGAAGAUCUCAAGCUCUUGCUCUCCAGUCCAAACGACGACAAUGUCAAAUGUGCCUGCCAAGUGCUGAAGCUUGCCGGCAUGCAUUUGGAGCAGGAAGUGGACUCGGCCUCCAUGGACCAGUUGGAGGAACUUCUCACUCAGGCUCAGUCAUGUCCCAAUCUAAAGCCAAACAUGGCCAUAUUGGCCAAGAGUGUCAUCAACCUGCGACACCAGACCUGGGGCAGAUCACCACCUUCCCCUGCCCAGCCGCAAUGGAGCAGUGCUGACGGUGCCUCUCAUCAGUCAAACCACUUCACUAACGAGCCCGUAUACUACGGACCUGAUGGUCAGAUUUUGACUGCCGAAGAGAGCAGAUUCCUCCAAGAAGGCCUAAAUGCUAACAAAGGAGGCAGAGAUGACGAUGAGGGCAUGGAUGAAGAGCUGCAGGACGCCUACGAACAGUUCCUGCAGAUGGCUCCGAACUCUAAAUAAUAAUUAAAAACUGAGCAGUUUCUAUACGGACUUGUUAUAAAUAAUCGUGGUGUGUACUCGGGUAUUUAUAGAGGUCUCUGUUGAUGGGACACACUCAAGAGUUGUCAGUGAAUAUUUUGGAAUAAUAGGGAUUCAGUGUUCACUUAUGAAAUGUCACCAUGAAUGAUUUUGCAAGUGGCUAAAGUCUUUAAGCCAACUUUUAUCAAGAACCGAGUGGUUGAUUCUUCAUUAAUUUUAAUUCAUACAAAUAUUAGGUGCUUUUGAUUGGAAAUUGCUGCUUACAAAACGUUUGAGCCUUUUUCAUUUUGAAUUGCUGCUAUUAUUCAAUUUACUUGCCUGUCUUGUACUUUUUAGACAUAAAUUACUAAUAUCUUGUUACAGAAAUGUAUGUGUAAAUGAGAUGGGGAUCCUUAUGCACUAAAUCGUGUUGGAGCAGUUUUUAAUUUUAAUUUCUGUGUCGGCACUUUUACUGUUAUUUGCAGCUAGGGUCUAGCUUUGGCAAGUGGGCUCUUAGGUGAGAGGUGAAGUUAUGGUUUAUAAAUAUUGAGCUGCAAUUACUUAAAAAUCAAAGUUGAUUCAGCACCCCCUGCCAGAUUAGACCCUGCUUUAUUAUUUGUAUUGAUUCUUGAAGAGUCGAAGCAAUUGGAGACUUGUAUUUUGCCUAACAUCAUGUAUAUUUUUACAGAUAAGAUUGAUCAAAUGCAUUGCUUAAGCCAUCAUGUGUAAAUACAAAGUCAUUAUAGGCGCAUUUCA